CUAGCUCUACGAACUAUCUGCAAACCCAUCGCUAAUCGCCUCAAAAAGAAAGCUGGUGUUAAUUCCAAAUUCCGUCAAUUCAUCAUCAACAUUGCACAGGUAUUAAUAAAAAACCCAAAUUUCCAAACAAAGUUACAAAGACGCGCUUCUGGUCGUGUGACUGAUGCAGUUAUUCGACCCCUAAAUGAAGAGCGAGCUGUUCAAGCUGCUGCAGAUCUUCUAGGGGAACUCUUCGCCUUCACGGUUGCAGGGGCUGCUCUUGUCUAUGAGGUGCAGAGAAAUGCCAGAGGAGAAGCUAAAAAGGAAGAGAAAAGACAACUAGAACUAGCUGUGAGCUCU